AUGCCGGUCGCGGCGCCGGCAGGCGCAGACUGCGACGGUGUCGAAGAAGCCGAAACAGUGCGCAUGCGCGUGUCGGAGUCGUCGUGGACUCUGGAUCGUGACCGAGUGCUAGUGAGGCAGGUGGAGCUCCUGCGGCGACUCGCUGGGGUGGAAGAGAAGUUCACCUUUCCACGGCCUGGAGCCGUUAGCGAGGUGGAGGAGAGCGAGAAAGGCGAGAAGAAGCGCCGGGGAGACGGGAAGUGGCGGAGCGGUGAAGAGGCAGGAAGCAGCCGAGACGAACCUGCGGCUUCGUAUCGCUUUUCGCCGGAAAUGGAGGCGACAAUGAGAGCCGCCGAGGCAUCAAUUCGCUGCGACGCUGCAGGGAUCAAGGAGAAGGUCGAGAGCGAGGCAGAGAGGAAGGCGGAGAGGGAACGGUUUAUGGGGGAAGUGAGGAAAGAGCAGGAGCGCGUUGCGCGCGAAAUGCGGCGGCAGGUCGACGAAAUGAGGAAGCAGAUGGAGAAGGAGAAGUUGGAGAUGGUCCGGCGAAUGGAGGAGGAACGAAGAAGACGACGGGAGGCCAUGGAAGAAGAAGAGAGGCGCGAGCAGAAGAAGAAGCUGGAGAGACAGAAGGAGGAAGAAGCGUACUGGAAAGAGCGAGAGGCGCGGCGGAAGAAGGCCGAAGAAGAGGAGGAACGGAGAAGACGUGAGAGAGAAGAAGAAAUCUCGAAAAGAUGCGAAGAGCGAGAACGUCGUUUCAGAGAGGAAGAGGAAGAACUCGAGAGAAGGCGGCAGCAACGGAUUCGAGAGGAGGAAGAAGAGAGAAGGCUGCGCGACGAACGGAGAAGGAGAGAAGAAGCCGAGGACGAAGAGCGAAGACAGCGAAGGAAGCAAGAAGAAGAGCGCGAGGCAGAGAGGCGCAGAAACCAACUGAAAGAGAGAGAAGAGCUGGCGAGAAGACGACAGAAAGAGGAAGAGGAAGAGGAAGACAGAAGAAGGAAACAAAGGGAGCAAGAAGAAGAAGAGAGAAGAAGGAAACAAAGGGAGCAAGAGGAAGAAGAAGAGAGACGCAGAAGACGGAGAGCAGAAGAGGAAGAAGAAGAGAGAAGAAGGAAACAAAGGGAGCAAGAGGAAGAAGAAGAGAGACGCAGAAGACGGAGAGCAGAAGAGGAAGAAGAAGAGAGAAGAAGGAAACAAAGGGAGCAAGAGGAAGAAGAAGAGAGACGCAGAAGACGGAGAGCAGAAGAGGAAGAAGAAGAGAGAAGAAGGAAACAAAGGGAGCAAGAGGAAGAAGAAGAGAGAGGGAGGCAGUUCCGUCAAGCAGAGGAGAGGGCCCGAAGAGAAGCUGAACCAGCACGACAAACGCUUCCCUCCGAUGCCUUAGACGGGCAGUCGGAAGCAGCCACCAACGGAGAAACAGCCUCAACACGAAACCAGGAAGCGCUUCCGGCAUCCUCACCUUCAUACGCAGAUGGUCCACCUGCACACCCAGAAAGCGGCGCUGAGCAGCCUCCAGGGCCACUUGGCCGAAUGGCCAAACGAAAUGCGUCUCUUGCCGGUGCCAUCGCACCGAGUAAGAUGAAGGAGAUAACGAGUUGCAGCGCAGCAGAAGACGAGAACCAGGGCGCUGCGGUCCACUUCGACGAAGACGACUCUCCUUCCACCUCUGUUUCGACCGCCACAGUGACGGGCGCCGACGACGCGUCGACCGACAGCGAAAACGAAAGCGUCGUGAGCGCCUCGUACUCGCCGCGAAGUGCGCUGAAACACAAAAUUCACGACAAAUACAACAGCCUCGCAAAUGCCUUCAAGUACAUGGACAAUCGACGAACGGGGGCUGUCACGCUUCAUCAAUUCGCAGACUUUCUGGAUGAAUCUGGCCUGGAUUAUCCGUUCUCGACAGUCCACGACCUGUACCGUCAGCUCUCUCAACCUGCAGAAAUGCUGACGGAAGGCCUGUUGUACAGAAACAUGGACGGUGACGCCACGCUCGUACAGCUGGGAAGGCGACUUGAGGACAUCUUCGGAAACAUGGGCGUCCCGUUCGAGGCGGAACAAAUUGCUCCCACAGGGCGCGUGACGAAAGACGCCUUCUUUCGUGUCAGCGCCAAAGCGGGGUUGACAUCUCAAAAUGCGGAGGCGCUCUGGAAGUCCAUUGACGUACUCGGCUCCGGGCACUUGCAGCUGGAAAGUGUCCUUCUUCUCCUGGAAGACAACGUCGAGUUGGCGGAAGUGAAGCGCAUUGAGGAAGAAGUUGCCAAGAUGGAGGGCGGCCUGAUGAGUUUCUUCGGCCGGUCGAGUCCACCGCCGUCGCCGCAGCCGAAAUGCAAACGCCAUGAAUCUUGUGGCCGACCUCUCGCUUUGACGAGGAAAUUGUCGCUUGGCUUCACGGAGGCCGAGGCAACCAUUGACAACGUGCUGGAGGGGAGCACGACGUGGGAUGUUUUGUUUCCUCUCACGCGACUGGCAAUGAUCAAAAAAAUGACAAAGACCGUCUAUGAACCUGAGCAGCGCAUUCAAGAGGCGCAAGACAGCAAGUGCCCCCUGUACAUCGUCAUGACAGGCAGUGUGCAACUGCUCCAACCGGGUUUGCUGUUGGAGACAGUUGCCGAGGAGAAGAGUGCGCCACAGAUUCUCUUCAGUGAGGAGAUGCUGGAGGGGAAGCCGAACCCGUACGCCGUCAAGGCUCUGACCAAAACCAAGGUUUUCGCGUUCAAGCGCGAAGACUUUGAGAAGCACUUCAAGCACGAACGGAUCAAGAGAACUAGAGAUGUCGCUGCAAACAUGGCGCUGAUCAAAAUCGUCCCGGUGCUCAACAAGUUGUCGGAGGUUCAAGCGAGGCGCCUUGCCAGAACGUUUGGAGAGGAAACUUUUGAAGACGGCGAAGCCAUUUUCAAAGAGUUCGACGAGCCCGACAACUUCUACUUGGUGAAGAAGGGCGAGGCCGCAGUGGUGAAGUACAAGAAAGACGCUGCAACCAACGAGAUGGAAGAAGUCACCUUCCGCAUCUACCAGCGCGGCGACUACUUUGGAGAGAUCUCCAUCAUCCGAGACCAAACGCGAACGGCCACCGUGAAAGCCAGAGGCCUGUGCACUGUUCUCUCUCUGCCGAAGGAAGACUUCAACGCGCAGUUGCGGAAGUUCGAAACGUCCUUUAUUGGUCGCGCCGGGCGCGUCUACACAGCGCAGGGUCACGUGGACAAAAGGAAGAAGUCGCAGAAGAAGCGAGAGACAGAAACGAAGCCAACGUCGAUUGAGGAACCCGAUGAUGGAACCGACGGUGCGGGUGUCCUGAGCGACGCUCUCGGGGACGAAAGACGGACGGGGGGGUCAGGAGCAACAAUCGAAGAGAUGCUUGCCACCGAGCAAACGAAGCUGCGCGACGAAUGCAUGCUCUUGCUGGAGGCCGUUCCAGUGCUGAAGGACUUGCCGCUGGAGAGGCGAAAGGAGAUCGUGAAGGCCAUGUCUCUAGAAUGUUUUUACCCGAACACACCUAUCAUUCUCCAAGGCGAAGAGUCGCAGAAUUUCUACGUCCUCAAGACCGGCACAGUCGCCGCGGAACUGUAUGUGGGACCAGGGAAACCGUUCCGGAAAAUCCAGGAGUACAACUCGACAUGUUACUUUGGAGAGAUGUCCAUCAUCAAAAAUGAACCGCGAGGCUGCUACAUCACUGCCAAGUCCCCCGUGCAGUUGUACUCGUUGACGGGGGAGAAGUUCAGGGAGCUCUUGGAAGAUUACUACCCCGCAUUCACGGAGUACGCUCAAGCGCAGUACGAGCAAGAGACGCUGAAACGCCAAGCAACCUUUCAACUGAAAACCGAUGACCAAGAGCGAGCUCAGCCGACAGCAGACUACGGACACAUCAUGAACUUGCUGGUGAAGGUUCCCGUCAUCAACAUGUUGGAUGAGGACGCCCUCCAGGCGCUGGCUAGAGCGUUUAAGGUGGAGUGCUACCAGGAGCGCGAAGUCAUUAUCCACGAGGGCACCCUCGCCGAGAACUUUUACAUCAUUUUCUCUGGAGAUGUCUCUGUGCAAAAGGUCGUCGACGACGCCCCCGUCGAGAUUGUCGUCCUUCACGCCGGCGAAUACUUGGGAGAAAUCGCUUUCCUGAACGAACAGCCCAGAACAGCCAGCUGCGUCGCCAAAACCGACGUCAAACUUUUGUCGCUGACUAGGAGCGACUUUCAGGUGCAUCUCGGAGCUCUUUCAGACGAGUUUCUUCAGCAAGCAGAGUCCAAGUACGGCGCGUCGAAGCAGGAAGAGAUCCCCGACUGGCUAGUCGAGGCGGGGGAGCAAGGUGCGUUCUACGAUCCCUCGGCGUCGAGCGGGAAGGCCGAGGAGGAAGACGAGGAACCGGGCGGUGCGUUUUGCGGCACGAUCGACCUGGACAGGGAGAAAGAGAUGUACAACAAGAAGAAGGAGCGGAAGAACAGCGGAAUAGGCAAGAAGAAAAGCGAGGCGACCGCAGGCGACACAGCCAGCGGGGACGAGAAAGCCAAGGCCGGCGAAGGCGCCCCGGGAGAGCAUGGCGCCGCGGGGGACGGUUCGCGCAGAAAAAGUGGAGAGCCGGAGAGCACGGGCGAGGUGGCCUGGGCCGCAGGCGCGGAGGGUGCAGAGAAGAAGAACAAGAAGAAGAAAGAGGAGAGAGAGGAGGGGGACGAGUCCACGAAGAAAAAGGGGACGAAAAGCCAGGCAAAACGACGCAUGUCGCUCGCAGGGGGCGCGGCGCUGCUCGCAGCAGCCGCGGCGGCCCAGUCGGCGAGCGGUGAGGGAUGGGAAGAAGAAGAAGAAGAUGAACAGGCCGAGAGGGACGAGAAGAAGGAAGAGGACGAGAAGAAAAAAGACAAGAAGAAAAAGAAGAAGAAGAAGGACAAAGACGACGGCGAGGAUGCGACCGAGCAAGUCCCCGUGGAAGAUCGAGUCGGCGAAAUCCGCGAUCUCGUGCGCGGAACCCUGAAAAACAAAUACGGAUCGAUCGCCCAGGCCUUCCAGCAAAUCGACGGAAACAACUCGGAAAACGUCGACUUCGAUGAAUUCGCGGAGUUUGUGCGGGACCUGAGAGUGCAGUCGCUGAAAAAGAAAGACAUCCAGAUUUUGUUUGACGACCUGUGCCAACCCUUGAAAGGGACUCUGACUGUGGGCAACUUGUACCGAAACAUCGACAAGAAAGAUCAACUGACCAAGGCCGAAAUCAACCUGCGAUGGGUGGAGAUCUUCGGCGGAUCCCGAAAAGCAUUCAAGGCAGUCGCAAACCUCUCUGCUGGCGAGGAGUGCACAGAGGAAAACUUCAUCAAAGUGGCAGAAGCGGCAGGCGUGUCCGAGGAGAAUGCCAAGUCGAUCUGGACGGAGUUGGACAAGGCGCAAACAGGCCACAUGCACACCAGGAUCAUUUGUAGCUAUAUGGCAGGCGAGCUGACUGCCGAAGAAGCCGCCGCGAAGGAGGAGGAGCAUGCGUCGUUUGGGACGCGACUGUGGAACUUCUUCGGAGGCAGCGGCAGCGACGACGAAAACGAGAAGUCGGCGAACAAUCUGACCACCCAAGGCGACGAGGAGAAGAUCAAGGAGGCGCUCAAGUGGGAGGACAUGGCCAUUGUCCAGCGCGAUGAUCACCGCGCGUACCCCACUUGCACGAAGCGUCUCGUCGAAGUUCUGGUGAAGAAAGAGGGCUUCAUGUACCUCCAGCUCCUCCAGCUCAGAUACGUCGCCUCGACCAUGAGGCGAGAAUGCCUGACGAAAGGGGUCCGCGUCAUGGAAGCUGGCGACGAAGCCUGCAUGGUCUUCUGUGCGUGGGGAGAGUUCAAAAUCGUCCAGGCGGGGCUAUUUGGCGAGAGCGAGAUCGGGGUUGUGGGUCCAGACGAGUGUUUCGGCCUGUCGGAGUUGGUCAACGACACGCCGCUGACAGCUUCGCUCGUCACGGAAGUCGACAACAGCGUUUUGUGGGUGUUGGAGCGCGACACGUACCACGACUUGAUUCGGGACAUGCUGGAGGCGCGCCGCGCAGUCGUACCGGUUAUCGAACACUUCCUCAAGUCGGUGCCGAUCAUCAAAGACAUGUCUGACACGGAGAUCCUGCACGUCGCGGCCGCAUGCAAAAUCGAGACCUUCUCGCCGCACCAGACAGUCUUCCGCGCAGGGAUGGCUGGGGACAUGUUUUGCUUCAUCUUCAAGGGCGAAAUCACCAUGUUGAAGCCCAUGGGUGCGGGCCAGGAACCCAUCGAGCUGGGCCGCCUCCAAGCUGGCGUCUAUUUUGGCGAAAUGGCCGUGAUCAAAAACCAACGGCGAACGGCCUCAAUCAUCGCCGCGACCGACCUCACCCUUUUCUGUCUCGACAAAGGCAGCUUCGAGAGAGUCCUCGGGAGAGUCAAAGGGAAAAUGAUCGAGCGUGCGGAGUCACUGUACAAGCGCCAGGACGUGGCGACCACCGAUCCAAAGGAAGGCGAGGACAGCGCGUCGGCUUCGCCUGCGGCGGCCGCGGCGGCUGGUGGUGGCUUCAGCCCCGGCGACCAGUUCGAGAAGAAACGUACGCGGAAGAGCUCGUUGGCCCUGUUGCAGUACGCGAAGAUCCGCGAAGUGGGCAACAGCGAAGGCGAGGGCGAGAAGAAGGGAGGCGGCGACGAAGAAGAAGAGUCGGAGGCGCGCUGGGCCAUGGCCCAGGACCCGGAAAUCAUUCAUCGGCCACCGCCUCUCAGCGCCGCGCCGAAGAAAUCGGCUCUCCGGACAACCUCGGGCAAAUCGGUCGGGAUGAAAAAGAACUCCGUCUUCUUCGACGAGGAGACCCUGUUGCCUUCGCCACCGUCCUCGGACGAGGACGCAUAG